AUGAAGCCCCUUCCCUUACGUGAACUCUGCUGGGACAACCCCGCAUCCACAUUCUUCCACCCGCAGACCACCAGUGCUGUCACGCUUGUGGAUACCAAAGUCCGCAUUGGUCGUCCCCCACAACUCACAACUAUUACUGAGGACACCCUCGCCGCCCUCCGCGGCUCACGCCUCCCCACCCCAGACGUCGACAUCACAGGUGACGGCUAUGCCACCCUAACGUUCGACACCCCAGCGCCCAUUGCCUUUCUCUGGACCAACCCUGUGACCGCUUCACCUAUCUCGACCCACGGGAUCGCGCCCGCAGCAAAUCCCAGCACACAUCCACCGCUCGCAGGGACAUACGGAGCCCGGACACACACGCGCGCAGUACCAGUAGACACCGCCGCGCGGGAUAAUACCCCCGCUCCGCCUCCCAGCACUCCACCCCGGAGGACCACCCACCCCAGGCCUGGCAACUGCCCCUCCAGCGCCACCCGGCUCCGGUCCCCGGACCCAACACAGACUUCAGAGGUUGAGUCCCUCCAGGCCGCCAAAGAAGCCCUCACCGCACUUGUGUCCGCCUCCAGCGCUGCCUUUUCCACACUGGAUGCGCGCCUCAUAGAGGAACGACACCUACGUGAAGCCGCGGAACUCCUCCAAGCGGAAGACAACCGCUUACGCACCAAAGCACACAUCCGACUGAACACCGCAGUCGCACAACACGAGUCCCAACAGGCCGCCUUAGCCGCACGGCUCCCCUAUUUCGAAUCCGGUGCCUCGGGCCUCUACCUGCCAACGCCCACCGCACCCAUGCCACCCGUCACCGACUCCUCUGAGAACUUACUCGUCUCCGAGGAGGAUGAACCAACAGCCCUUGGCCAAGGCCCCGACAAUAAAUGGACCCGGAGCCGGACGAACAGAUGGCGUCAAACUAACCGCGGGGUGUCCGACCAGACCGACGACACCCCGGCAACGCCCCUAGUCUGGAACAUGGUGGAUCCUGAGCCUACUGCUCUGGUUCUCCUGCUAUCCCCUUUGGCCGCUGCCACCCAUUUGUUAUCACCGCCACCGCCCCUACCACCAUUACUCACACCACCGUUACACCCCGCCAUUCCAGUCCUUACCUUCGGCCACCUGCCGGAUCCGUACUCGUCAGACUCUAACAACUCCGAGCUCCUCGAUGCCCGCACUGCGGACGCGCUACAGCCACCCCCGCCGAAUGCCCCCGACACCAUCUCCCCCCGAAAACGCCACCGCCGACGCACCUUGCGGAUCCAGCGCCUUCCUCUCCCCCCACUGAGACCGACACAGCCAGACACCAACUCGAUAACAUGCUCCGGCGUGAAUCCCUCAAAGAAGCCUACAUUGGUGACCCAGGCAAGGCACCCCCACCUGAUAGAUAGCCUGCGUAUUGCAUCGACCAACAUCAAUAAAAACACGUAUGGUAAACUGGGAGAUGAGCUGGCCACCUGGUUCCAUGCCAGCGCGCUGGACUUUCUCAUCUCGCCGACUCCGACCUUCCCACACACAAGGCCACACAACUCUGGACCCCCACACCCAGUGGCUGCCUCACAUCUCACCUUAUGGCCAUCAGUAACCACAGAGUCAGCAUCCUGUAUGAUAUGCUGGCACGCACGCAUCGAUGCCCGGCGUACAUCCUACUUCCCUUCGGGUCGCAGUAUCUCCAUUUGUGUUCGCCUUGGAAAAGGCUCUCUCCUAACCCUCAUCGGUACGUACUGCCAGGACCCGCCUGCGGCUCACCGCGAGGCAACCGACCAGGAAUGGCAAUGGCUUGCACAGGCCACCACACAGACCACAGGACACGGCACCCCCCAUGCGGACGACGUAGUCCCGCAAGGUACCACCGACUGGCUUAAGGCGGCGGUCCAAAACCUCUAUGAUAUCCUAUACACCAGCGCCAAAAUCAAGUGGGGGGGAACCAGCCAAACUCGGAAGGCCCUCAACAGGGCAGUGGCGAUCCAACGCACCAACCGAUGCACUGCACAGCUCCAUCACCUGCUCCGCAUCCAUGAAGCCACAACCCCUAUUAUGGGGACCGAAUAUAUCCGACUUGCCCACAUGGUGGAAUGGUACAAAUGGAUCCGCAAUCCAAACCUUCUCCCAUCCACGUGCUUGCACCGGUCUGACGCUAUAGCGAUCGGUGACUGGUGGACUGCCAUGCCCACUGCACAGGCCAACACCUAA